AUGGCAGCCUGCGGACGCCACUUCCUCCCCGGCCAUGUCCUCGGCUUCCUCCGUCGCUGCCUCUCAGUCUUACAUCCCUGGCCUUCUCUCUGGCUCCUCCUCGACCCUCUCUGGCGGCUCCCUCCCGGCAUAUCCCUCACCAUCCUCUCUGUCCCUUUGUUCUCCAGCUGCAAACCACCGGCCAUCAUCGCCACCCCACCUGCUUCUCGCUACGGCAAUCUCUUCAACGAUCAUAUCACCAAUCACAUCAAGUUCAAACUUGAUCCUGCCCAGCACAACUAUCACAAGUGGCGUGCCUUCUUCCUCUUCGUCCUCCUCACAUACAAUGCCGCCCACCAUGUUCAGCAGAAGCCGCCGGCCCACCCCAAUGACUUGUGGAACUUCGCCGACAUCCGCAUCGCCCUCUGGAUUUACUCUGUCGUGGCGGACUCCCUCAUCGAUCUGCUUCCUAUGGACGAUGAUACCACCGCCUACCAGCUCUCGUGCCGCAUCCAUGACUAUUUCCUUGCUAGCCGCGCAGUAAAAUACAUGCAGCUCAAGCGGCAGUAUCGGAACCUAAAGCAGGGCGAUCUCCCCAUCACCGGAUACGCACGGUGGAUCGAGGUGCUUGCCGACGGGCUCGUGGACGUCGAACAGCCCGUCUCCGAUGCCGACCUCGCCAUGCAGCUCUUCCAAGGGCUCGACCAGCGCUUCGAGCCGAUCCACAUUGUCCUCGGUGAUACCGUCCCCUUGCUGUCGUUCGAUGUCGUCAUGUCCCGGCUGCUCCUCGCGGAGGACUCCCUCGCUCAACGCACCGCGGACACGAGCGCCUUCGCCUUCUCCAUCACGACCGGCGGCGGCCUUAGCAACGGUGUUGAUCGCGGUGACCGCGGCGACCGCUCUGGUGAUCACGAUGAGCCUCCCGGGCGCAGCUCCGGUAACGGCUCCGACCAUCCUGGAAACGGCUUGGGCUCCCUCGCCACUGGUGCUCGCGAGGGCGGCACUGGAGAUCGCGAUCGUGACCGUGGUCGUGGUUGGUGGUCGCAAUGA